AACUACGCUUAUUUCCGCAAUUAUUCGGCCAUUUACGCGUGCAGCGAUUUCGAUUGGGCGCACAAAAUCAGUACCGGCCUCAAAAUUGAUUCCCCCGGCAUGGUUUCAACCCGUGGUCAUAACACGAAGUACAAAUUUUGCGAUGGCGAAAAGGUGCUGUGCUACGAGCCGGAUCCAACCAAAGCGAAGGUCCUGUACGAUUCAAAGGUUCUGGAAGUAUCCGAAGGUAAAGACAAACGGGGCCGGCGUAUCGUAGAAUACUUGAUACACUUCCAGGGCUGGAACUCGUCCUGGGACCGGAAAGUGAGUGAGGAUUUCAUCCUGAAGGACACGGAAGAGAAUCGCCAGUUACAGAAGGAUUUGGCGGAAAAAUCGCAGCUAUAUCAAGGUGGAUAUUUAUAUCGGAAGGAACGAAAAAAACAGCGCGCGAAAAGUUUAACCGAUCGCAUCGAAAGCUUAACGAGUGCCAAGUCCCAUCACAUCAAUCCGUCAUCGGAAGACGGUAGCUCGUGCAGUAACGGUUUUAGUAGAGACGAAAAUGAGUACAAUAUUGAUGACAUGGACGAAUACUACAGCAGCUCGGUCGAGAGCUCACACGAGGAAGAAAAGGUUUACCUUCAAGCAGGCAGCAAGUUUCGCAAAUAUCUCGACCUAGAUCACCACUUAAUUGUGUCCGAAGGCAUGCUGGUGGAACUACCGGCCAAACUUCCCGUGGUGACGAUAUUGGAAGAUUUUGUUCGCUACUACACCAUUCGCCAGCUGUUUGAAUGUGGCCAUCAGGAGCAAACCAAGUCCCGACGGCGCAACAGUUCUGCAUUACGCAGCGAGCACAAAAUACGCGACUACGAGCAGAUACGUACGAACGUAGAACUGUGCAAAGAGGUAGCGGAUGGGCUGCGCGUAUACUUUGACUUUACCCUUCAGGACUAUCUGCUGUACCCGCAAGAAAAAUCGCAAGCCCAGAUCGUUUUGGCAGAAGAGAAUCUACGCAACUUUACCUACAUUGCAUCGCAAAAUCUUUCGCUGGACAUGCUAACCGUACGGCUCGAGUCCCCUACGGUAGAUGUGAAUCAGCCGCUUAGCGAACAUUCAGACCACCAUCAGUCAACUUCGGCCGCAUCUGCCGAAGAACGACGGCGGCGACGAUUACGCUCGCACAAAAACGAAGAGAAUGAAUUUGUGCUGGAUUUUGGCGCUCUGCAGGGCCAGUCGGGACAUCACAUUCAACCAAGUGUGGCAACAGCGGAAUGCACCGGCAACCUGUCGCCAUUCGGAUCGAGCCUUAACAUUCUGCGCUCCGUCAUUCCACAGAACGUGACCAUUUCGCGGGAAGCCAAAGAGGUGCUGGACGAUGUGUUUCGGUGGCGCAUUCUACCUUCGAAUGCACCGGCCGAACCGUCCAUGAUUUACGGUGCCGUUCAUCUGGCGCGGCUUGUUGUAAAGCUACCGGAAUUUCUGUCCGCAACGGCAAUGGCAGACGAGAAGCUGAAGCUGCUGCUCAAAUUCUUGGACACAUUUGCCGAGUUUAUUGAGGAACACGAGGAAUGGUUUGGAAAACAGUUUUACUUUAGCCUACGAGACAAUGAAGGUAGUGUAUGA